UAAUAACAAAAAAAUGGCAGAGGAAGGAAAGAAGAUUUCUUUUGGUUUCGCGAAAUCUAUUAAAAAACCUGUGUUAAAAAAUACUGUGCCACAAGAACAAAAAAAAGUAGAUUAUAUUGAAUGUCUUUAUGAGAAGGAUAUUAAAGUAAUAGAUGAGGAAGAAAAGAAAGAUGAACCUCUAGUUAUUCCCUUACUAGGUUCUAAGACUUGGCAUGAUAGAAUUCUUAAUAAAAUUGAUGCAGACAUUUUUGAACCUAAGACAAAUAAGGAAAAAGCAGAAGAUACCGACGUUGAUCAAAAAGAAAAAUCAAAAUUAUCUAAUGGGAGUGCAUCACCAAAAACAUCAGUAAAAGAAUCAGAAGCAGUAGAAAAUAAUAAAAUUGUUACUUUAGAGGAGCAAGCUGCUAAAGAAAUAAUAGAAGAACUCAAAUCAAAGGAAGAACAGGAAACCGAAACAAAAGAUUUAAGUUUACCUUUAGUAGAAGAUCAGUCAUUAAGAGGCAAGGAACAGUCUACACUACAAGAUUAUGAAAAAAUUCCUGUUGAUGCAUUUGGUUUAGCAAUGUUACGAGGAAUGGGAUGGCAACCAGGAAAGGGAAUUGGUAAAAAUGAGAAAGUUGUAUCAGCCGUUAUACCAGAAUUAAGACCAAAAGGCAUGGGUCUUGGUGCAGAUAAAGUAACAUUGCAGAAAAAAAAUAUAGAUUCCAAGAAACAAGAGGAAGAACUUAAAAUUGAGAAAGGAACAUUUGUGAAAGUCAUAGCUGGAAAGCAAAGUAAUAAUUAUGGUCAAAUAGAGGGAUUUGAUGAUGAUGCAGGAAGACUUAUAAUAAAAUUAGCUCUUGGUGGAAGCACAAUAUCUGUAAAUGAAUUUAUGGUGCAACCAGUUACUAAAUCAGAAUAUUCAAAGAACUCAAAAAUUCUAACAUUCCGCUUGGCAUUAGUGCAACUCGAAGUUAAUGAAGUUAAGAUCAAAAAUAUAGAGAAAACAAUAUCAUUUAUUUCGAGCGCGAAAAGCAAACACGCAGAUAUUGUCGUUUUUCCUGAAUGUUUUAAUUCGCCAUAUGGAAUACAAUAUUUUCAACAAUAUGCUGAACCUAUUCCUGAUGGCGAAACGAGCGCUGCUUUAUCGAAAGCAGCUAAAGAGAACAGUAUUUAUGUGGUUGGUGGUACAAUACCCGAAAGAGACGGUGAUAAAUUGUACAAUACCUGUACCGUUUGGAGUCCCGAUGGAACUCUGAUAGCAAAGCAUCGGAAAAUGCAUUUAUUUGACAUCGACAUUCCUAAUAAGAUUACUUUCCGUGAGAGUGAUUCACUUAGUCCUGGUAACUCAUUGACGAUGUUCGAAGCGAAGGGCUGCAAAAUAGGUAUUGGUAUUUGCUAUGACAUUAGGUUCGAGGAAAUGGCACGCAUUUAUCGAAAUAAAGGUUGUCAAAUGCUGAUAUAUCCGGCGGCAUUCAAUAUGACCACUGGACCACUACACUGGUCGUUGCUGCAGCGUUCCAGAGCGAAUGACAAUCAAUUAUAUGUCGCCUGUGUAUCACCGGCUCGUAUUCCUUCAGCCAGUUACGUCGCAUGGGGUCAUACACAGUUAACUAGUCCUUGGGGAGAAGUUCUUCAUGAUCUGGAAACUCAGGAGAACAUGAUGGUCACCGAUAUCGAUCUGAAAGUUGUCGAGGAAGCAAGAAGUCAGAUACCCACAUUUUCCCAGAGGCGCACCGAUUUAUAUGACACCGUCUGGAAAAAAGAUUAA